AAUAUCUCUCUCCGCUCAUAAACACCCGACCCCAUUUUCUCUCUCCUCUCUCUCUCUUGUCUGCCAAAGAGAGCGAAAGAAUUCACACUGUGCGUGUGGUGUGGGAUACCGAGGGAAAAACGCAAACCCACUAAGAAACCCCCUUUCCGCACUCUCUCUCUAAAACCACCAAACUGAUCACCCAUUCCAUCUUCUCUCAGUUUGUUUCCUUGUUUCCAUUCGAUAAAGAAAGAUACAAAAACAGCUUCCAUCUCUCGAUUAUGCAUUCUUAGUGUGAAAAGGUCGCAUCUUGUUGUGUAUUUUCUCUGAAAUGGAGGUGCACAGUGGGACCCAGACAAUGGGGGAGCCGGCGGCGGCGGUUUCGGCCGGCGAGACGGGGCUGGAAGAGCCUCUGUGGGAGUUGUCCAUCAGUGGUGGGGUCCAAUCGUACCCAGAGCGGCCUCACGAAGCCGAUUGUCUCUAUUACUUGCGGACUGGCUCCUGCGGCUAUGGUGCUCGGUGUCGGUUCAAUCAUCCGCGGGACCGGAGUUUGGCUGCUCGAUCUACGAGAGCUAGUGGAGGGGAGUAUCCAGAGAGAGUGGAUCAGCCACUUUGUCAGUUCUACAUGAAGACUGGAAUGUGCAAGUUUGGCCCUUCUUGCAAGUACCACCACCCGAGACAAGGAAAUGUAUCAGCCCCGGUGACGAUAAAUGUUUAUGGAUACCCUUCACGACCGGGUGAAACGGAAUGUGCAUACUAUAUAAGAACCGGGCAAUGCAAAUUUGGCGUGACCUGUAGAUUUCAUCAUCCACAGCCCACUAUUGCAGCACAAGGACCUUUGCCAGGUGCAGUCCAGCCUCUCUCCUCUGCUCAUCAAUCAUCUCAACAGUUUGGUGUAAUGGCUGGUAACUGGUCAAUUGCAAGGCCUGCCCUUCUUCCGGGUGCUUAUAUGCCUGGAGCUUAUAGUCCUAUGCUGUUUCCUUCUGGGGUUGUUCCAGUUCCAGGGGGUUGGACUACUUAUCCGGCACCCGCUAGUCCAGUAGCAUCUCCAAGUAACCAGUCAACUGCUGGAAUUGGACAGAUUUAUGGCUUAACACAGGUAUCUCCAUCAGCACCUGCUUAUUCAGGAGCAUAUAUGUAUGCUGGUCCUUCACAGCUCAGUCCGAGAGAACAUAGCUUUCCUGAAAGAGCCGGUGAACCAGAAUGCCAGCAUUACAUGAAGACUGGGGAUUGUAAGUUUGGAUCGUCUUGUAGAUACCAUCACCCACCAGGCUGGAGUGGAUCAAAAACAAAUUUUGUCCUUAGCCCCAUCGGUCUUCCCCUACGUCCGGAUGCACCAAUGUGCCUACACUAUUCACAAAAUGGGGUAUGCAAAUAUGGGCCUACUUGUAGGUUUGACCAUCCAAUGGGAACAAUGACUUACAGUCCAUCUGCAUCAUCUCUUGCUGAUAUACCUGUUGCCCCCUUCCCCGUUGGAUCUUACAUCAGUAAUUUGGGCCCAACAUCCUCUGACUUAAGGCCUAACCUGGUUUCUCGGUCCAACAAGGAUGCUGUUUCUACCCAGAUAUCAUCAAUAAGCACUUCUAGUGGCCCGAUCGGCUCAACAUUCUCAGUGACUGACAUUCAACAGCCUACUUCAUCUGCAACUGGGAACAGUAGUAGUAUGGGGCAUGGAGGUGAGGAGGCAAAAGUUGAGUAAUCAGUUUUAUUUUUUGUUUUGUUUUGGCUGAUGAUCAAUGAGGAUAAUUAUUUUUGGUGCUAGUCAUUUCCUAGGACGUUCCUUGUGUUGGUCAUCUUGAAUCUCACACCACUCAGCCUUAGGAAGCCUACUAGCACAACUGUAUACCGUACCUAUUUUCAUCCGUGUUCAUAACACCAUUAUUAUUACCCCAACCAAAUCCCACUUUCAAUAAGCCAAAUCCGUCUAUCCAUAAAAAUUAUCUGGGGGAAAACUCCCAAUAUAGUCCAUGUAGUAGAAUCUGCUCUAAUAUCCGAUAUCUGGAGCUGGUGUUUGUUGAUUUUUGUUGUAAUUGCUUAAACCUGGAAAGUACUGUGCUAGUUCCCCUCUAAUGUUGACAGUCUCUACUCAUUUCAUCUUAUUCAUGAGGAAUUGGGAAGGAUCAUCCAACUUGACCAAUUAGAUAUGAAUUUCAAAUUGGCUUGCCAAAUCUUUCUGCAGAGUGAAAAACAGAUGAUUGUCAUUGCAAGACAAGCUUUUUAUGCUUGCAAAUUAUGUUGUGUUCAUGAUACUUGUGGAUAUAUGAAUUGUUCAGACUUGAUAUGUUACAAUCAUAUACACAUUUUAUAUUGUAACUUUGUAUAAAAAGUUAUGCUUUUUUUGUUCAUUUGUUUGGAUGGUACAUGGUUCAGCG